GGUUCCAAGGAGAGAAGAAUGCGGCGCUGCCUCGCUUCCCGUGCGCUUGCGACCGUUUUCAUCUUUUUCGGCUACUUCGACCACAACAACAACAACCACCACCACCGCUUCUUCUUCUUUUCUUCUUCACUUCGCACCCCGUGCACCCACACUCUCUCUACCACCGCCACCACGCUCUCUCCGUCGUGCCCUCAUCCCGCCGACAGCACCACAUCCUUUGCAAGGCUACUCCGUCACCACUGUCAACACACACACACACACACGACAUUCCGCAGCUUCACCCCCAGCACCAGUCAAGCAGCACCAGCAGCAUUCCUUGCGCCUUGUCAAAGCAACACUCAGCAUUACUGCACUGCAAAGCAUCACUUGACGUGACCCGGUCGCCGCCCUCUAUCCAUACAGAAGCACUUCCAUAACCCCGCAUCGUCAUUCAUCAUGAAAGCUGGUCUUCUUACCAUCGCGGCCUUGACUGCCGUCGCCUCUGCCCAGGUCCACCGCCGUGGCCACAGACACGCUCGUCGCGGAGAUGCCGUCGAGUACCACCAGGAGGUGCAGAUUGUGACCGCCACCGCUCCUGGCGCCAUUGUCUACGUGGAUGGCAAUGGAAACCCCGUUUCGACCGACUACCCCGGUGCUCCUGCCCCGACCCCAGAACCAUAUGCGCCACCACCACCUCCACCAGCAUAUGAGGCCCCACCAGAGCCACCAAAGGCUUCCACCCCCGAGCCACCAGCAGCGCCAGCUCCUGCACCAGUCGAGCCACCAAAGGCCCCAGAGGCUCCCAAGGAACAGAGCCCAGCUCCGCCUACGUACCAGCCUAAGCCCGCUCCAGGCGGUUCUUCCGGCCAGGGCAUCGUGUACUCUCCAUACAACAAUGAUGGAACCUGCAAGUCGCAGGAUCAAGUCAAUGCCGACUUUGCCAAGAUCAACGGCUACGGAAUGGUCCGUAUCUAUGGCACCGACUGUGACCAGGUCAACACGGUCAAGACUGCCGCCACCGCCAAGGGCAUGAAGCUCUUUGUCGGUAUCUUCGACAUCAACUCGGUCCAGGCCGAGGCCGACAAGAUCAUCGCCGCUGUCAAGGGUGACUGGAGCUCCAUUGACACAGUUUCCGUCGGCAACGAGCUCGUCAACGCCGGUGGAAGUGUCUCUGCCGUCGUCGCCGCUGUCAACUCGGCCCGUUCGAUCCUCAAGGCCGCCGGCUACUCGGGUCCUGUGGUCACUGUCGACACCUUUGUCGCCAUGAUUGCCAACCCCGAGCUCUGCCAGUGCUCCGAUUACGCCGCUGCCAAUGCGCACGCUUUCUUCGAUGGCGGUCGCACUGCCGAGCAAGCCGGCGAGUUUGUGCUCGAGCAGUCGAAGCGUGUCGCUUCGGCCUGUGGUGGCAAGAAGGUCGUCAUCACUGAGAGUGGCUGGCCAUGGCAGGGUGCCACCAACGGCGCCGCUGUCCCCAGCAAGGAGAACCAGAAGGUCGCCAUCGACAGCCUGAAAUCCAAGUUCCCCGAGAACAUUUUCCUCUUCACCGCCUUUGAUGAUCUCUGGAAGGAGAACAACGCCGCCACGCACGGUGCGGAAUGCUUCUGGGGUUUCGUCGAGCAGUCCGCAUAGAUGCCUUGUCUCUGUCACACAGUCAGCCAAAAUCAUGCAUAUGCACAGCAAUAGAAGUCCCAGGAAACGAGAUAUGGGUGCAAGCACGCCAUUGUACAGAGGUCCCUUUUUGCACUCUCUGCUGCGAUUGAGAAGCAUUUGCAUCGGAUGGAAGGGAAGGGAAUGGUACCGGGAAUCGGGACCAGGGCGUUGGAACUCUUUUUUUUUUCCUCUUCUCUCACUGCAAGAGUCUGUUUCCAGUCGAGACUCCAGUGUCCGAGCGCAGUGCUGGUCAUGUGCCUAGUCCUGACAGUAUGAUAGAACUAGCCUGUGCCUCUUCAACGAAUGCCAUGUCACAGAUUCUCAGCUUCACACUUUUUCCACCACCAGUAGAAUGGAGAGUAAGCAUGAUG